AUGAGAAAUCACCGUGGCGUGUUCGCCAUUUCAAUACUGGUGCGUACGGCUCUGGGACAGAACAGUACUAACACGGGUGUGGGCGAUGUGAUUGCUGGAGUUAUCGGCGCAACAUCUGUCAAUGGAUCUUCAGCAACACAACCUAUAGCAGUCGUCAAUAGCACGUCUGGAGGUGCUGCUGUUCCGGCUGGGCUUCCUGUUACAAGCUUCCCAUACAGCAAUCCGAGUCCGACAUGGACUGUUGCGGCCAGCGGGACAGGAUCCGCGUAUGCAGUGGCUUGCAAUGUCGAGAAUGUGCUCUACUCAUAUCUCACCGAGUCAGCAUCUCAGUACGGCGAGAAGGUGGCUAGUACGAGUUACACAACUGUUACAAGCUACACUGCGACCGUGACCACCCUUUGCGAUGGCCACGAGCGAGUUCUGGGUUCGCUUACAGCCGUGUCAACGGUGACUAACAGCACAGUCUUUUCUUUGCCUGUAACGACGAAUAUACCCUCGCCUUCCUGUGCAGUCAACCCGGACGACUACACCACAUACGUCUCCAAUCCUUGGCUCGACGCGUCUGUGAACAGCCCACAAAUAACCUUGGUAGUGUCUCUCGAUGCUUCUCUGACAGCAGUGACCGUCAACGGCUCUUCUACAGCGCUGCCUGCUGCUACCAACCCACCCAAGCUCACCAUAGACGGCACAACUUUCGCCGCCAACGAUGAGUCCACGUAUCUCGUCCAGAUCGACUGGAAUUCGAUGGAACCUUACAGCGCUGGAGAAGAGUUCACGAUGACACAGUACGGCGAUAAGUUGAUCUAUGACGCUCCACAGCUCAUCACAGCGUCUACGACCCAGACAGCGGAUCAGAGCAGUAUCACACAAUCAGUGUCUGGCGGCAUAGGCACAGUCAUCGCCGCAAACACGUCCACUUCUACGAACUGCCCUUGUACGAUUGCAGGCCAGAACGUAAGGCUUCUGUACUUCCCAUUCACGUCAAGUGCAUCGCGAGAUCAAUGCCAGACAGGUCUUGCACAAGGCACUUUAUGUCCCUACGCCGGCGCCACCGUUAUAAAUGCCCAGAACUCCCUCUCUAUCGCUAUUGAGGAGCAAGUCGAUCAGGGAUCAGUCUGCCCGUACGUGCCGCUCAACUACACCAGCACGAAGAACAGUGGACCUUAUGUUGUGUCCUCUGGAACAACAUUCUACGAGAACAGAGCAUACCUUGCUUUCGAUGUCAUGUCUGCCACUCGAGGUUGCGGUUAUGGUGAUGCGGUUUCUGGUCGUUUGGGCACUACUGAUAACCUGGCUACCACGAGGUAUGUUGGUUCGACGUAUACCGAUGGCUAUCUUGAGCUGCCAUCUUCAGAUCUCUAUUCUGGUUGCGGAUACUCGUACUUCUAUGAUGCUGUUGGCUAUAGCUUCAACUAUGCAGACCUCAACGAACCCGUUCCCGCGAGUGCUUUCCUCUGCCAACCUGCCUGCUUCGAAGCCGUCGCGUAUUCAACAUCAACACUCCAGUACGGCGACUAUCUCAACGGCCAGCUAGCUGACCCUGGUUUCUGCAAGAUCAUCCUGGAAAGCGAGUACAAACCACAACUACUAGUACCACCGCAAGCCAGGACUCUCGACCCAGAAUGGUCUACAUGCGUGUUAAAGCUCGAGGGACUGUACGAUCCGCCUGUUGCACUUCAGCAGGUGGUAUCUGAAGCAGCGCCGACCGUGCCUGCUGGUGCGACUACCACAGGAGCGUCACCGGCAUCUACACCUACUUCACAAGAUGCCCCUCAGACGAGUGCAGCUGCCGACAACCUUCCAACGACCACCCCGGUAGCUCAGGCGGGCAACGACAAUGGUGGGAGUCAGUCUAUUGCUGGCCCAUCUACACCGACAGUGCAGGCUCCUGCGACUCAAGCACAAGCAUCUCAAGGACAAGCUUUGUCGGGUAACGCAGACCCAGCCACUUCGCAGCCAGGCAGUCAAGCAGUUUCGAACGUAGACCCCGGCUCUUCUGCGGCGCUCAGCUUUACCUUUGCAGGCAGUAUCUACGUCGUAAGUGGCGCUGGAGCUUCAGCGGUGGCCGUCGAUCCGAGCACUAACGACGGUCUAUCGCAGAGUCAAGCCUCAGCAGUCGUGGGAGGCCAGACUGUCCAGGCCACACAGAUCUAUGGUGAACAAUCUGCUGUGAUUGUGGCAGGAUCGACGCUAUCUGCUGGAGGCGCAGCUGUCACGGUGGGGAACACUGUAUUCAGCUUAGCGAGUGGUGGUCUGGUUGUAGGCGGUACCACGAACGCCCUUCCAACUGCUGGUGCCGCUUCUGCAACACAAGUGGGUGGUGAGGCUGUUGUACCAACGACUCUGGCUAGCGGACAGAGUGCUGUGGUGGUGAAAGGGUCUACUCUAUCAGUCGGCGGCUCACCAAUCACAGUCAGCGGUACAGUGGUCAGCCUGGCCUCUGGUGGUCUAGUCGUUGGCGAGAGUACCAAUGCUCUACCAGUAGCUGGUGGGGCCUCAGAGACACAGAUCAAUGGCCAAGACUUUCUCCCGACCAAUCUAGCUGGGGGCCAGACUGCUUUAAUCGUAGCUGGCACCACAUUAUCCGCCGGUGGUUCAGCAGUAACAUUCAGCGGUACAGUGGUCAGCCUAGCAUCUGGAGGGUUAGUGGUAGGGGGGACCUCAAAUGUUCUGCCACCGCCUGGUGGAGCUUCUGCUACCACCAUCAAUGGCCAAGCCGUGGUCCCAACAACUCUGGCAGAUGGCGCAAGUGCCGUAGUUGUCGACAGUACUACGCUGUCCAACGGUGGAGCAGCCCUCACUGUUAGUGGGACCGCUUUGAGUCUUGGCUCUGGUGGCCUUGUGGUUGGUGGCACACAGACAGUCCCGCUGAGCUCUGGAAGUGAAUCGAUGUCAUCCAGGCUUCCAACGACUACUGGAAGAUCAUCUGGCACCGCAGGUCCUGCCGGAGCAUCGAGCACAACGACCUCGGCUGGAAGUGCGAGGAUUACUGUCUCAAUAGUGUCAAUGAUAGCAGCUAUCGCCGCGCUUAUAUAUAAUUCGCGGUACCAAGUGUGGAACACACACCCAUGA